AAGAUUCUCCUCUGCAGUUGGUUGCUGCAAACCAAUCAAACGGCCAAUUGGAUUCUGAUCCUAAGAAUCUUUAAUAUAGCAGCUAUAUUUGUUUGAUUUUGAUCCAAGUGAAAUUGCAGCUUGUCUAAAAAUGGGUAUAGUUAAGGCUGUUUUGUACAGUGGGUUUAUUCUCCUUUUGGUUAUUUGUAGUGAUGGUGGAGCCAAUGUCGUGACUGUGGAUGUCCAUGCAGCUACACAUCUCCUCGCUCAAGCCUACAUUUAUCUUGAUGUUAGGACUGAAGAAGAAUUCAAGAAUGGUCACUUGAAGAACGCCCUCAACAUUCCUUACUGGUUAUAUACUCCGGAAGGUAUGGUGAAGAACCCCAAAUUUGUGGAUCAAGUUCUGUCGCAUUGUGACAAGGAAGAUCGUCUCGUUGUGGGGUGCAAAAGUGGAGUCAGGUCCGUGUAUGCAACCACUGAUCUUCUUAAUGCAGAGUUCAAGCAUGUAUAUAAUAUGGGAGGAGGAUAUUUAGCUUGGGUUGAAAGUGGAUAUGCGGUUGAGAAUCUACACUCUUCGGAAUUAUAAAUUAUUGUAAUCUAAUUUUUUGAGUUACAGUAAUAUAAUUUUAUUCACAAUAAA